AUGGAACCACCGUGUACAUCAGAUUCCAGUCAAAUAAAAGUUAGAGUUUCUUAAAUUUUUACAAUUCUUGCAAAAAAUGUGUUGUCUAGGUAUUUUAUUAUCUUGACGAUGAAACUACGCCGUAUGUGUCGGUGAUCGACACCAAAGACGGUGUGGCAACUCUUGGAAACUUCAAAAAUUCGUUCACGAAACGGGGCUAUAAAUAUUACGGAAAAGAACUCGAUCCAGAUAUUCAACGGUGAAAAAUUAGUCGGAGGAUUGGUUAAACGUCUUUUUCGUUUUUAGUGAAGUGAAGAUUGAAUUGACGAUCGACUCCGAUAGACUACGCAAAUCACAAAAUGGUUUUUACGAAAUUUUUUUGGUCAGCACUCCUGGCUAUGGAACUCUUCCUCGAAACAGUGGAACUAUGACGAGGCCACAAAGAAGAGAAGCGCUAGACAAGGUAUUUGAGAAAAAAUAUCUAGAAUAUAAAGGAAAAGCCUGGAAUGCUACUUUUUCAGAGAAGAAGGAGGAGUGCUGAUUUUGAUUCGGUUCCAUACUCAGAUGCUAGUCUUGCUCCAAGUACCAUUGUCAGCAGUAGGAUUUUUCUCUAAUUACUUCUGGUUCAAAAAAGUGUUUUAUGAAAGCUGCAUUUCUUACCAAAAGAGUUGCAAAACGAACCAAAACGUGUACACUUUACUUUUCAGAAAGAGCGGGAGAACAUCUUGCCGAAAUGUACACUUCGACCUCAGAAGAUCCAUAUCAUUACGACGAAAGCACUAGGCUAGCCGGGGACAGUUCAUCACUCUAUGAACCGCUAGCGGCAAGAGAUUUGAAUCAAAUUUACGAUGAUGACAGACGGCAGAAGAGGAAACCGAAAAAAGAGAGGUUUCGCAGACCAUACGUUCCGAGCACAAUCAGUUCCGCGACCGAAUCAAGCGUCGGUAGCGGUCUUCCACGAAUUCUGGAAAUUAAGUUGUCGAUGAAAAAUGUUCCGUAUCUUGGUCUGAGUGUUUGUACCAUAGACGGACACAUUUUUGUUUCCGAAAUUGCUCCUGAAGGAGCAGUGGAAAGAGAUGGCCGUGUGAACGUCGGCGAUCAGAUUCUCCAGGUUAAUCGAAUUUCUUUCGAAGAGCUGAACGGACCACAAGCUGUCAGGGCUUUGAGAGAUGCAGCUGCUUCGAAAAAGUAACUUUUAAAAUCCGUUAUCUGGAACAAAACGCAUGAUUUCAGGCCUAUUACAUUGUACAUCAGUAAAUUCGCGAGAACGGCAGCCAGCGAAUAUGACGAUCCUUUGGCAUCGAUGGCUUCCGAAACAAUGCCACUCGAUGUUGGAGUCUGGGUAGAAACCGCUGUGUAAGUGCAUUUUUAAAAUCUUAUUAUAAAAAAGGUUCAGGCAGAACACGGAAAAGAUGAAAGCGCUGGGAUUAGAUCCUCAAGAGCAGACGAUAACCACAAUCGACGACGGAACUCUCCCUUUCACGUCUACAGCGAGUGACGAUGAAGUAAUUAUCACUGAAAAAUGCCUGAAAUCUUAAAAAAUUCGCUUCCAGGAACGAAUUCUUUACGACCAGAGACGCAAUGGAAUCCCCCGGGCGCUAUUGGAGGAGAACGAACGCAGAAGAGAGAAUGAACAGAACGAGAAAAUUGAGCAGCUGAAUGAAUUCGUGGAUCCGAUGGUUGUUGUGCGUACUAUGGCUCGAUCUGAUUCCGGCUUGGUGGUGAAAAACAGAAAGUGGCUGAAAAUUCUAGUACCGAUGUCGUUUAUAGGUCGGCAACUCUGACAUUCCUUUAACAGAAAGUGAAAGAUUCCAGGUCGUGAUCUUAUCGAUUGGCUUAUCGAGCACAUGACGGAUAUUCACACUAAAAAGCAUGCAAGAAUGUAUGCUUCACGACUUCUGGCAGCUGGACUCAUAAGACAUGUAGUCAGUAAGCUGACGUUCACUGAGAAGUGCUACUACGUGUUCGGAGAUGGUAUUCUAACCAGUGGAAACUCUACCGACACUUCUGGAGCCAGUGGAGGAACAAUGAGAGCGGAUGCAACCACAGAAGUCACUUACGUUGGAUCGCCUGCUCCUCAUGGCCUGGCUCGAGCACGUGGAAUUCCUCCACAUCGUCUUGAGACCACUACACUGAGUCCUGUAGCACAUGAUCAGACGUGGCUCCGUAGACGCCGCGAUUGUGAAAGCCCGAUGACGAAUGAUUACGCGUCGAUGGUCGGAGAGAGUCAGAUUGGAAUGAACCCGGCAGGAAACUAUCACAUGUUCGGAACGAAGAACAGUCGACAAAUGGCUGCGGCUCCGUCACAAGUCACUUCUUCCAGCUUGACGAACGGUAUUCACAAAGCCCUUUUCGCAAUUUUCUUAUCCAAAUUAGUAACAAAUUCCAGGAAGUGGUGGCAUCGGGGGACCUCCACCGACUCCUCUCUCCAGUACAAUGGUUCUAGCCUCUCCGAUUCAAUCGCAGAUCGCCGCAGAUUUUGAAAAUGAGAUUGGCAAAACGCGAAUCGUACGGUCGUAA